AUGGAUUCCAUUGACCCACCGUUCGUUUCGGUUCAUGCGCUGGACGCCGGUCACUUAACCUUGCCGGAGUCAUUCUUUGUAUCACCACUGGACGACCCAACAGCUCGCAAAACUGUCCCCUCUCUGUCCUUCCUUAUUCAGCACACCGACAGUAUCACUGCAAGGAAGCGGAGGAUAGUAUUUGAUCUGGGUAUUAGGAGAAGCUUGGAAGAUUAUGCUGAAUCUAUCUACAGGCAUGCUUUGACACGUAUGCCAUGCUCAGGGAAGCCCGAUGUAGUUGAGUCUCUGCGGUUGGGUGGCUUUGUACCAGAUGACAUUGACAUGGUAAUCCUGAGCCACUUGCAUUGGGACCACAUCGGAAUGCCGUCGGAUUUCCCAAACACUUCAUUCAUCGUCGGAGCCGGCGCGGCAGGCCUUAUUGACGGUAGUCGUCCUGCUGCAGUCGGCAGUCACAACCAUUUUGAGCAUGAAAUCAUAUCUCUAGACCGACUGAUAGAGCUGCCUCCAACUUCGACAACGGCAGCACAUUCAAGCAAGAGAGUCCCUCUUUCACAAUCCACGCAACAAUUGUUAGGCACCACACGCCUGGCCAGCCGGGGUUGGGAGGCAGUCGGACUUUUUGAGCAUGCUAUAGAUGUAUUUGAAGACCGGAGCCUGUUUAUAGUGUCAUCGCCUGGACAUCUGGAUGGGCACAUAAAUCUCCUAUGUCGCUUAUCAAGUGGAAAAUAUGUGUAUCUAGCUGGAGAUGCUUGUCAUGAUGCGAGGCUGCUGUCCGGAGAGAAGGAGAUUGCCACUUGGUACGACGACAAGUAUCCGGGAGCGGUUUGCUGCAUUCAUACAGACAAGCAAGCUGCACAAAGGACACUUGGCCUAAUCAGAGACACCCAGGCAGGCAAGUCUGGUUUGGGCAAGGUCGAGGUGGUGUUCGCGCACGACGCUCAUUGGGAGGCUGAGGCGAAGAGAUUGGGGAAAUUCUUGCCGGGAUCCCUUUGCUAA